CACAAGAAAAGGCAAGCAUUUUGGUUUUUGUUUGUCUCUCCAUUCUUUCUUUCUUUCUUUCUUGGAUAGUUCUGUUUUUUAGUUAUUUAUUGGGUUUAGAGGAAAAUUUUGAGCUGAGCAAUUUUUGGUAAGUGUUCUUGUUUUAGUGUGUUGUUUGGUGAGGUAUGGGGUAUGGGUUUCUUGUUGUUUUCAUGUUGUGAGUAACCACUGAAUUUGAUGAUUUCAGCAGUUACUUGGGUUUGGUUCGUUUGCAUCUCUUCUUGUUAAGUUAACUACAGUAAUGGAGGGAAGUUCAUCAGAACAUUAUCAUCAAUGGAUGUUGAGAGAAAAUCAUGAUUUUGCAGAAGAGAAGAAGCUUGAACUGACUUUAGGUCCACCAGGUGAUGAUCAAGUUCAUCAUCAUCAAGUGCACCAGCCCAACUACAUGAACUCAUCAAGAACCCACAACUACAACAACCACAAUCUUUCAUUUCCAUGGUGUUCUAGUUCUUCAUCAACAACACCAUCUCCUUCAACUUUUUUUCAGCAGCAGGAGUAUCUUGAUUUUGCAGCAGCAACCCCACAACAAAAUCUUUGCGCAGGAUCUUCUGAAAAAGUAGUAGAGUUGCAGAAGAACAACAACAGUGAUAAUAACAAGGCAUGUUUUGCAGCAGCAACUCCUGCUGCAACAAUUACAGCUGCAAACAACAAUAUUUCCCAGAAAAGGACUAGUACUGCUGCUGCUGCACCAGUUGUUGGAUGGCCACCAAUUCGCUCAUAUAGGAAAAACCUUGCAAAUUCUGCAACAAAGACGGUUUCUGAAUUAGAGAAGCGAAAGAUGCCCAAGGAGAAUUCUGUGAAGAUGCCUGAAAAUUGCCGGAGGAAAGGUUUGUUUGUGAAGAUUAAUAUGGAUGGAGUUCCAAUUGGAAGGAAAGUUGAUAUUCAGGCUUAUGAUAGUUAUGAGAAGCUUUCUUUUGCUGUUGAUGAACUCUUCAGAUGUCUUCUUGCAGCUCAAAGAGAUGCUUCUAGCUGUGGAAUUCAUAACAAGAAAGUUGAAGUUAAAGCAAUAACGGGUUUAUUAGACGGUGGCGGGGAAUAUACUCUGGUUUAUGAGGAUAAUGAAGGAGAUAGGAUGCUGGUUGGUGAUGUCCCAUGGGAUAUGUUUGCUUCCACAGUAAAGAGGUUGCGCGUAUUGAAGAGCUCUGAACUUUCUACAUUACGCCUUUGCAGCAGUAAGCAAGACAGUACCAUACGCGCCUCUACAGUUAAAUGAAGGCUAGGAGGAUUCUCGCUGUUGGCAGUUCAUUUUACAUCUCUCGCCUAACAAAUAUCGUCAGCUUAGUUACAGACUUUUGAUACUCUCUUAGAUGGAAGAAAUUUGUGUGUUUUCUUCUGUUGUUAAUGGUUUGUAGAGAGAUUAGAGCUACAUUGUUACUUCAUAGAUGCAAAAGAACUCCAAGAAUCUUGUCUGUCAAAGAAUAGUUCUACAGAUAAUAUAAAAUUUUACUAGAGCUUGCUAUAUGUUAA